AUGUCGUCGGUCGGCAAACUCUCCCGCGAAGAGUUCCGCCGCCAAAAGGACCUCGACGCUGCGAGAAAGGCAGGAACCGCCGCACCAGAGAUCGACGAAGAUGGAAACAUCAUCAACCCGCACGUCCCCGAGUUUAUGGCAAAGGCCCCCUGGUACCUCGACACCGGCAAACCCUCGCUCAAGCACCAAAAGAAGCCCGUCAAGCCAGGCGAGGUAAAGGCCGGCAUCAACGACUGGUACCACCGCGGUCAGGUCGCCGGACCCGCAGCCACAAAGUACCGCAAGGGCGCAUGCGAAAACUGCGGCGCAAUGACCCACAAGCGCAAGGACUGCCUCGAGCGGCCCAGGAAAAAGGGCGCAAAGGUCACCGGCCGCGACAUCCGCCCAGACGAGGUCAUCGAAGACGUCCAGGGGCUCGACUAUGCCGCAAAGCGCGACCGCUGGAACGGCUACGACCCCACCGACCAUAAAAAGGUCAUGCAGGAGUUCGAGGCCAUCGAGCAGGAGCGCAGGCGGCUGAGGGAGGAGGAGAUCGACAACCAGACCAGCAACGACCUCACCACCGCAAAGAAGCUCGCCAAAAAGGAAAAGGGCCCAAAGGACGACGGCGACUUUGCCAGCAGCGACGAGGACGACGAGGACGAGGACAAGUACGCCGAAAAGGCCGACGCCGUGGGCCAGCAGGUCAACACCGACAAGCGCAUCACGGUGCGCAACCUCCGCAUCCGCGAGGACCGCGCAAAGUACCUCUACAACCUCGACGUCAACUCGGCCUAUUACGACCCAAAGACGCGAUCCAUGCGCGAGGCCCCCGACCCAAACGUCCGUCCCGAAGACGCCCAGUACGCCGGCGACAACUUCACCCGCGGCACCGGCCAGGCGGCCGAGCUGCAAAAGAUGCAGCUGUUUGCGUGGCAGGCCGAGGCCAGGGGCAACAGCGACGUCCACACCCAGGCCAACCCGACGGUCAACGAGCUCCAGUACCGCGAGUUCCAGCAGAAAAAGGAAAAGCUGCGCGAGGCGACCAAGGGCAGCAUCCUGGAAAAGUACGGCGGCGCCGAGCACUUUGACGCCCUGCCGCGCGAGCUCCUGGCCGGCCAGACGGAAAACUACGUCGAGUACAACCAGAGCGGCAAAGUCAUCAAGGGCCUCGAGCGCGCAAAGGCGCGCACCAAGUACGAGGAAGACGUGCUCGACAACAACCACACGGCCGUGUGGGGGUCUUGGUACGACCUCAACUCGGCACAGUGGGGCUAUCGAUGCUGCCACAGCACCACGCCCAACUCGUACUGCACGGGCCAGGCGGGCAUCGAGGCGUCGAUGAGCAGCCUCCCCUCGUCGUCCAAGGCCGUCGCCGCCGCGUGCGCUUCAACAUCGGCGGCGACCGGUGCCAACGGAAAGGGCAAGGCGUUGGCCACGCGGAAGCGCUCCCACUCGGCGGCGUCGCGCUCCUCGUACUCUUCCUACUCCUCUGCAUCCGAGUCCGAGUCGGACGAUGGCGACCGCCGGCGUCGGUCACGCAGGAGGAGCGGCAGCCACCGCAAGGACAAGGGAAAGAGCAGCGGCGGUCGGGGAAGCAGCAGCAAGCGAACGCGGCGGCGCCGCUCAGACUCGGUCUCGUCGUCUUCUUCGUCGUCGUCAUCGACCUCGUCGCCGCGACGCGAUCGGGACCGGGAUGGCAAGGACAAGCCGCGAUCGUACCACUCGCGCAAGGACAUGGGAACCGGCGACGUCUCAUCGCGGAUCGAUAAGGCCAAGCUCAAAGAGGCGCUCGAGGUGGAAAAGGCCAAGCGCGAUCCGGUCCUGGCGAGGGAGUUGGAGGAGCGACAAAGGAAGCGGGAAGAGGCCAAGCCGGACUGGCUCAAGGAGGCCGAGGCGAUCAACUCGAGGGGCAAACCUGGCCGCGGUGGGGACAAGCACGAGGAUGUCGACGUGUCAGAGGAGCAGCUCGAGGCUUACCGCUUGGCCAACCGGGACGUCUACGAGGAUCCUAUGGCCAACUACCGCGACGAGGAGGACAAGUAG